CCUCCAGUAUCCUAAACCAGUUCCCAAGCCCUCGGGACCAGUCCAGCGGGCCGGCCGGGAGGGAGAGAGAGAGAGGGAGGGAGGGAGAGAGAAGGGAAGAGCGGAGGGAAGGCAGCCCCUUCACCUCUCUCCCCAAAAGAAGCACAGCCUCUCCAAGCGCGCCCGGCUGCACUAUGCGGGCGCCUCGGACUCUCCUCCUCGGCUUCCCUCGGCUCCUCCCGAUCCAGUUGUCGCCGCUGCCGAACCCGGGACGAGCCCAGCUGGAGGAGAGGGAUCCUCACGUUGAAUAAAGGGAAAGUGAACUUGCGGGGAGAGGAAGAGGAGGAGGAGGAGGAGGGGAAGGGGAAGGUGUGGGAGGAGGAAGGAGGAGGAGGAGGAGGAGGAGGAGGAGGAGGGGGCCAAGCCGGGAAGGAACAGCUCUCUCCCUCCCUGUCUCUGAAGUUUGGGCUCCAGCUGCCCUCCCCUGUCCCCUCCCCACGAAGGCGAAGGAAGGGGAGACGAGAAACCACUUCUUCUCCUUCUUUUGGUGGUUGCAACCACCAUGCAGCUGGUCUUCUGGGCGGUGGGAUUCAGCACGCUUUUCCUGCAGGAUUUCUUGGAAGGAGCCGGCAGGAAGCAGCAAGGACAAGCUCAACUGCUGGAGACUCUGAGCGAGUACGAGAUCGUGACGCCCACCAGGGUGAACGAGUUUGGAGAACCCUUCCCUACCACAGUCCACUUUCAAAGGAAGAAGCGGAGCCUUCGCUGGGACACUGAGAGCCCGGAUGCUUCUUCCUCCUCCUCCUCCUUCUCCUCCUCCUCUUCUAGUACCACCCAAGCACACUACGAGCUCACAGCCUUUGGGCAGCACUUCUUUUUCAACCUUACAGCCCAUUCAGGAUUUAUCGCCCCUCUUUUCACUGUCAACUUCCUUGGAGAACCUGAGGUUAACCAAACUGACUUUUACACUACGGAGCAAAGCAACAUUAAGCACUGUUUUUAUAAAGGACAUGUCAACACGGAUCCCCAACACAUGGCAGUCAUCAGCCUCUGUUCUGGGAUGCUAGGCACAUUCAGAUCUCAUGCUGGAGAGUAUUUUGUCGAGCCCCUCAUAACACCAGGCCAGCAAGAGUAUGAAGAGGAGCACAAAAAGCCACAUGUUGUCUACCGACGCAGCUUACCCCCAACAUUUCGGCCAGAAAACAAGCAGACUUGUGACACUUCAGGACAUGCAAAAAAUCACAGGAAGUUUAAGAGGAGAAGCAAAACAGGACAGUGGCCUCCUAAUACCAUGUUGUCUGAUAUACAGUCAUUGAAACACAGCUUAGUUUCAGAACAGUUUCCUGCAACCAAUAAAAACAAGACAAGCAGUAUCAGAGGAAAGAACACACGGCGAAGAACCAAACGCUUUCUCUCCUAUCCUCGAUAUGUGGAAGUAAUGGUAGUGGCAGAUAGCCGAAUGGUUGCUUACCAUGGAGCCAACCUCGAGCACUACAUUUUGACAUUAAUGUCCAUAGUAGCAUCUAUAUAUAAAGAUCCAAGCAUUGGCAAUUUAAUUAAUAUUGUUGUUGUGAAGUUAGCUGUCAUUCCUAAUGAACAGGAUGGUCCUUCCAUAUCUUACAAUGCUCAGACGACACUAAAAAACUUUUGCCAAUGGCAGCAAACUCAAAACCAUCCAAAUGAAGACAAUCCAGAGAAACAUGACACGGCUGUAUUAGUGACAAGACAGGAUAUUUGCAGAGCUCACGACAAAUGUGAUACUUUAGGUCUGGCUGAGUUGGGCACAGUCUGUGAUCCAUACCGGAGCUGUUCAAUUAGUGAAGACAGUGGACUAAGUACUGCUUUUACGAUUGCACAUGAACUUGGCCAUGUAUUUAAUAUGCCGCAUGAUGACAACAAUAAGUGCAAAGAAGAUGGAGGUAAAAACCAGCAACAUGUUAUGGCUCCCACCCUGAACUACAACACCAAUCCCUGGAUGUGGUCAAAAUGUAGCCGGAAAUACAUCACAGAGUUUCUAGAUACUGGUUAUGGGGAGUGUUUGCUUGACGAACCUUCACCCAGGAGGUAUCCUUUACCCCAACAGCUUCCAGGACACAUAUAUGAUGUCAAUAAGCAGUGUGAGUUAAUAUUUGGCCCCGGAGCUAAGGUUUGCCCUUAUAUGCAGAAGCAGUGCAGAAGACUUUGGUGCAUCAAUGCAGAUGGAGCUCAUAAAGGAUGUCGCACUCAACACACGCCAUGGGCUGAUGGAACCGAAUGUGGCCAAGGGAAGCACUGCAAGUUUGGCCACUGUGUUCCCAGAGAGAGGGAAGUACCUGUGAUAGAUGGAACAUGGGGUGCAUGGAGUCCCUUUGGAGCUUGCUCACGAACGUGUGGUGGGGGCAUUAAAAAUGCUGUCCGAGAAUGCAACAGACCAGAACCCAAAAAUGGUGGAAAAUAUUGUGUGGGACGAAGAAUGAAAUUUAAAUCCUGCAACAUAGAACCAUGUUCUAAGCAAAAGAAAGAUUUCCGCGAUGAACAGUGUGCAGUCUUUGAUGGGAAGCAUUUCAACAUUAACGGUCUACCUCCUAAUGUGCGCUGGGUUCCUAAAUAUAGUGGAAUUUUAAUGAAAGAUAGGUGCAAGCUCUUCUGCAGAGUGGCAGGAAAUACAGCCUAUUAUCAGCUCAGGGACAGGGUUAUUGAUGGCACCCCUUGUGGCCCAGACACAAAUGACAUCUGUGUACAAGGACUUUGUCGGCAAGCCGGAUGUGAUCAUGUGCUUGGUUCCAAAGCCAGAAGAGAUAAAUGUGGUGUGUGUGGCGGUGACAAUUCUUCAUGCAAAACUGUUGCAGGGACAUUCAAUACAGUGCACUAUGGUUAUAACACUGUGAUACGCAUACCAGCUGGUGCUACAAAUAUUGACGUACGGCAACAUAGUUACUCAGGGAAACCAGAAGAUGAUAAUUAUCUUGCAUUGUCAAGUAAUGAUGGCUUCAUAUUAAAUGGAGACUAUGUUGUCAGCAUGUUUAAGAAGGAAAUCAGAGUUGGAAAUGCUGUGAUAGAAUACAGUGGCUCAGACACACCAAUUGAACGAAUCAAUUCUACAUACCGUAUUGAUCAAGAAAUAGUUCUUCAGGUUUUAUCAGUGGGUAAUUUAUAUAACCCUGAUGUUCGAUACACAUUCAACAUCCCAAUCGAAGAUAAACCUCAACAGUUUUAUUGGAAUAUCUAUGGCCCUUGGCAAGCCUGUAGUAAACUAUGCCAAGGAGAACGAAAAAGGAAACCUAUUUGCACCCGAGAAUCUGACCAGCUCAUGGUGUCUGACCAAAGAUGUGACCGAAUUCCCCAGCCUGAUCCAGUGACUGAGUUGUGUAAUACAAACUGUGAAUUAAGGUGGCACGUUGUCAGAAAGAGUGAAUGUACAGCGCAGUGUGGAUUGGGUUACCAAACCCUGGAGAUUUCCUGCACAAAAUACAGCAAGUUGGAUGGGAAAAUUGAGAAAUACGAUGAUCGAUAUUGCAGUGGCAUUCCCAAACCAAGCUCUAGGGAAAAAUGUUCAACAGAAUGUAGCACAGGAGGAUGGCGCUAUUCUGCCUGGACGGAAUGCUCUAAAAGCUGUGGCGGUGGCACAAGAAGACGCCGAGCUGUCUGCAUGAAUACCUUCAAUGACGUCCUGGAAGACAGUAAGUGCAGUCAACAGGAGAAAGUGACUGCACAGCGAUGCAACGAACUCUCAUGCCCACAGUGGAAAACAGGCGAUUGGUCAGAAUGCUUGGUAACCUGUGGGAAAGGGCACAAGCACCGGCAGAUCUGGUGUCAGUUUGGAGGAGAUCGGAUAAAUGACAGACUUUGCAAUUCUGAGACUAAGCCAGAUUCCAUGCAAGCUUGCCAGCAGCAGGAAUGUGCAGCAUGGCAAGUGGGACCCUGGGGCCAGUGUACUGCAACGUGUGGGCAAGGCUAUCAGAUGAGGGCAGUGAAGUGUGUGGUUGGUGCCUAUGUGUCUGUGGUAGAUGACAAUGAAUGCAAUGCUGCCACCAAACCGACAGAUACGCAGGAUUGUGAGAUAGCGCCGUGCCGUCUUCACCCAAGUAGCCCAGAAACAAAGCAAAGCAGCCACCGAACCCAGUGGAGAUUUGGAUCCUGGACUCCCUGCUCAACUACAUGUGGGAAAGGCACCCGGAUGAGAUAUGUCAGCUGUCGAGAUGAUCAGGGCUCUGUAGCUGAUGAGGCCGCCUGCUUUCAACUUCCAAAGCCAUCGGCAACAGAAGCAUGCACAGUAACACCAUGCGGACAGUGGAAAGCUGCAGAAUGGACCUCAUGCUCUGUGACUUGUGGGCAAGGUAAAGUGACCCGGCAAGUGGUCUGCGUAGAUUACAGUGACCAGAUUGUUAAUAGGAGUGAAUGUGAUAUGGAGGAUAUUCCAGCAACAGAGCAAGAGUGUUCUAUGCCAUCAUGCCAACAAAUCAAUCCUGAUUACAACAGGCCAAUCCAUCCCUUCCCUUACCCUGACUAUCGUCAAAAUAAUAACCAAGGAGGAAACUUGAACCGAAACCAAGGUCGUGGACAUGUACACGGAGGCAACCAGUGGAGAACUGGCCCAUGGGGAGCGUGUUCGAGUACAUGUGCUGGAGGAUUCCAGCGGCGGGUUGUCGUAUGCCAGGAUGAAAAUGGAUACACUGCCAGUAACUGUGAUGUGAGGACAAAACCAGAUGAGCAAAGAUCAUGUGAAUCAGGACCCUGCCCUCAGUGGGCCUAUGGCAGCUGGGGUGAGUGUACAAAACCAUGCGGCGGAGGAACCAGAACAAGACUGGUUGUGUGCCAGCAUCCCAAUGGAGAGAGAUUUACAGAUUUGAGCUGUGAAAUCCUUGACAAGCCACCAGACCGUGAGCAGUGCAAUAUGCAGGACUGCUCUCAAGAUGCUACCUGGAAUUCUGGCCCUUGGAGCUCGUGUUCUGUCUCUUGUGGACGAGGGCAGAAGUACCGAGAUGUUUAUUGCAUGUCCAAGGAUGGGAAACAUUUAGAAAACAAUCUUUGUAAACAACUGGCUAAACCGAAUGUGCAAAGAAAGUGUAGAGGUGGCAGGUGCCCAAAAUGGAAGACAGGAGGCUGGGGACAGUGUUCAGUGUCCUGUGGAAGAGGAGUUCAGCAGAGAAGCGUCUUCUGCCACAUUGGUACUCACAAAACAACUAGAGAAACAGAAUGCAAUCAGUCAAGCAGACCAGCAUCUGAACAGGAAUGUCAAAUGGCUGAGUGUACUACCUACAGUUGGGAAACAGAGGAUUGGCAAGAUUGUAGCAAAACCUGUGGUGAAGGGUCCAGAUACCGUAAAGUGUUCUGUGUGGAUCAAAAUACACAAGAAGUAGACAGUCUUCAUUGUGAUCCAAGCAAAAGGCCAACUGAAAUUGAAGCCUGCAAUUUACCACCUUGUGAAUACAUUUGGAUUACUGGAGAUUGGUCAGAGUGCUCUGUGACAUGCGGCAAAGGCUACAAGCAGAGGCUGGUUUCCUGCAGUGAAAUUUAUACAGGGAAGGAUCAUUAUGAAUAUGGUUAUCAGAACACCGUCAACUGUCCAGGCACACAACCACCCAAUGUGCAAUCAUGCUAUCUAGGCGAGUGCCCAGUUUUGGCAUCGUGGAGAGUUGGAAAUUGGGGAAGUUGUUCCGUGAGUUGUGGAAUUGGGGUAAUGCACCGGUCAGUUCAGUGCCUUACAAACAAUGACCAACCAAGCACUUUGUGCCUUGAAGAUCUGAAACCUGGAGAAAGGAGGAGAUGCCACAAUAUUCAUGACUGUGAAUUGCCAACAAGUUGCAAAGAAGUAAAACAGCUCAAAACAAUAAGUGAGGAUGGAGAAUAUUACCUUAAAGUUAAAGGAAGGCUCUUAAAGAUAUAUUGUGCUGGUAUGGAAUCUGACAGACCAAAAGAGUAUGUGACUCUGGUGAAGGGCGAAGCAGAGAAUUUCUCAGAAGUCUACAGCUACAGAUUACAUAACCCAACCGAGUGUCCAUACAAUGGAAGUAGAAGAGAAGAUUGCCAAUGUAGGAAAGAUUACACCGCAGCUGGCUUUACCACCUUCAGCAAAGUCAGGCUGGACCUGAAUGCUAUGCAAAUAAUAACAACUGAUUUACAGUUUGCACAGACACUUGAUGGACGACCUGUUCCUUUUGCCACUGCUGGGGAUUGCUACAGUGCAGCCAAGUGCCCACAGGGUCGCUUUAGCAUCAACCUCUCUGGAACUGAUCUAGCAGUACCACAAGCAUCAAAAUGGCUUUCCCAAGGGAACUACGCUGUUUCCGAAAUUAUAAAAUCACCAGAUGGUACCAAAGUUAUAGGGAAAUGUGGUGGUUACUGUGGAAAAUGUACUCCAUCAUCUGGAACUGGCCUCGAUGUCCAAGUGUUUUAGCAAUAGUAAGUUCUGAUUUUUGGAUUUUGCUGCCAUACAAGCAUUUAAAAGUCCUGAUACCCCUGAUACUAAGGAAUAUAUUUAUUUUUACUAAAUAAAUAAGUAAUCAAUCAAUUAGUCAGUAAGUACUACUCAUUUAAGUAAAACGUAAUUCUAGGUAAGCAGACUUUGGAUUACAAGAACACAGCCUGAGGCUGGAUCUACACUGCCAUAUAAUGGAGUUUCAGACUGCAGAUGAACAAUUAUAUGUCAGUAUAGAUUCAUAUAAUCCAGUUCAAUACAGUUAUGUGGCAGUGUAGCUCCAGACUGAGAUUUUGGUGCACUGCACUAACAAACUGGUGCAGUUGAGUCUAAUAAGCUCAGUUCUAGCAUAAGGACACACACUCUCCCUCAACCAGUCUUUCCAUGUCAUUAGAUCUUUUGGGGAGGAUUUUUUCAAAGUAUCUAUCACAUAUGUUGGUCACCAUCAUGUCAAUAGCAUAUGCAAGUAUAAGUUCCACUUACAUUUGCAUAUGGAUUCCUUUGGCUAUUGUGGAGGUUGCUACCUUCUUCCGCUCUCUAUCAUUUCCAAAAUGCCCACUGGAUAUGCCUUUUCACUUCAGUAAUCCCCUACUCCACUCUAUGGCUGUUCCUUUGCUGAUGGAGAGUGGCCAGGAUCUGUGAAGUCCUUGCUUAUAUUCUUAUAGUCAAACACUCAUCGUCCUCCAGAGCAGCUCUUAGUCCUUGAUCUGUGACUAGCAGUGGAGACAUCUUGAAGGUUUCUCCAACCCCCACAUCCCCUCUCUCCAUCAGCAAUGGAAUAGUUAUGGGAGAGUCCGUCACAACACUGCUGAAUCCUGGGCUUGGCGAUAGGACAACCAUAGCAGAGUUCCACAUACACAAUGUUUACGCUAUACACAGCCAUGUAAAAUCUCAAGGCCCUUCCACACAGCCAUAUAACCUAGAAUAUCAAGGCAGAAAAUCCCACAAUAUGUGCUUUGAACUGGGUUAUUUGAGUCCACACUGCCAUAUAUUCUAGUUCAAAGCAGUUAAUGUGGGAUUUUUUUCAGCUCUGUGGAAGGGGCCUCAGUCAUUUUGUGUUUUUCAAAAGGGGAAAUUUGUUUUUAUUAUUCCCUAUUUGUGGAACUCUCACUCCAUAAAGGAAUGACUAUCAACCACUUUGCUGUCUUUUUAGUUCGAAGUUAAAACACAUUUUCUCUCUUGGCCUCAGCAUGUUAAUCCUUUUUUCUGUUUUAUUGUGUCUUGUUUUCAUUGGGCUUAGGAUAAUAUGACCAUUGCUCUGAUAUAUUUCAGUGAGGGCAGUUUUACUGUCUUUUAGUAAAUUACAAAAAUAGUGCCAGUAGUAGCAGUGGUAGUAGUAUCACUUUUGCAUAAAUGGAUAAAAUAUAUAAAUUAUAACAGUGGUCAUGACUGUGAUGAAAUAGCUACAGAUGUAGUGACACCACUGAGCACCCUUCACAUCAGUCUUUGGGCUACUUCAUGGACACAACACAAAGGCCCCUUGCCAAUUGGAAGGGUGUAUGCUAUGUCAGAUGGCAACAAUCCCAUAAUUUUGGUUGCUCCAGAACCUGACAUCCAGAUUAUGGGAAAGUAAAUAAUUCCUUGAGCGUGUGUGGCCAUACAAGCAGAAUUCCUGUAGAAGCAUACAAAGCCAACAGGAAAUGCCGUAGAUGUAAUUUUCAUGAUACAAGGAUUUAGUGUUGAGGAUAUUAUUAUUCCAGGAGAAAGUAUAAAAAUAUAUUUGACCCAGAUUGAGCUGUAUAAAGAAAGAAAAGUGCUCUUUUGUGUCCUGUGCUCAUUCAGAUGGCUUCCCUCAUGAAGGGACAAACUGUUCUUUUUUAGUCCACCAAUGCUACUGAAAGUUGAAAUGAAAAGUCUGCAUCAUGUUUUCAAUUCCCAGGAGUUUUGAAUGCUGGGAGCUGAAGCAAGACGGAUGAAGGAUAAUGAAGCAAUACCUCUUGCCUUCCACUUUUGUACUUUUUCCUCUUUGUGUGCAUCUGAAUGUGUGUAUGGCUGCAUGCAUGUCUAUGCUUGUUUGCAUAUGUAUGUGUGUGUGUGCGUGCGUAUGUAUGGGAGUGUGUGGUGUAUAUUCUUUAUGUUGUAAAGUAUAAUAUUUAUGUCUGGAAUUAUUUAUUUUUGAUUUAAUAUUUUUGUACGUAAAAUGUUUAUAUUAAGGCUGCUUACCCUGUGUUUUUUUUAAUUUUAAUUUUUAAAUCUUGCAGUCAUACCACUGCAUUUUACGUACUCUACAUUAUAUGUAGCAUUAUGACAAAAGUGAUACUUUUAUUGUCACUAUACUCAAUUGUUUACCUUCAAUCAGUCAUUUUUCAUCAUUGUUACAGGCUGCACUGAUCUUUGUAAGGUGCUAAAUGGUUUGUGUUAGGUAUUUUUGGCAUUUUAGAACUUCUUUCUUAGGAGAAAGAGAAAAUUAUGAUAUUUUUUAAAAAUGUGUAAGUCCAUUGGUGUUAUGCAGGGACUCAGUGAAAACACACCAGGAUACCAUGGCUUUAUCAAUAGCCUUGGAUAUUUUUGUAAUGGCAUACAACCUCUUCUGGCCAGUACCUUAAUAGCCACUGGCCUGGUGCUAACAUGAUAAUAUUUAUUAAUAUCCUUUAGGAUUUAUAGACUAAAUCCUGUAGCACACCAUAUAGUAAUGGAAGAUAAAUAAGUAAUUUGGGGUCAAUUGAGGUCACAUCCAAACAUUGGCCAAGAUUCUGCACUGAGCGACAGGGCAUAAAGUUUAGUUCAGACAGAAAAUGCCCUGUCACCCUUCUCGCCUUCCUCAGGACUCAUCUUCCUGCUGCAGGACUCAUGUCAUUUUCUGCGAACUCCUCCAAAGUCUACAUAUUUCUUGUAUGACUGUCCUUUGGAGAAUAUAGGCAAAUAACUAGUCCCUCCACCACUGCCCAGUGCCCGUCUCUCUCCGCUGGCCACUAUUCAGUCAUAGUGCAGUUCCCUUGGAAAAAGUCUGUUUUGAGGGGGUAGAGGCCAUUGUAUGGAAGAGGUUUUAAGUUCUUCAUUCUGUAAUGACUAAAAGAAAAAGACAUACAAUACUAGAGUAUGUUACUAUUAGGAUGCCAGUCUUUGAAAAUAAGAGUGAUUUUUAAACAGAGUUCAAGGGAACCUUCGUGUUCUUCAGAAGUUCACAGAAAGUUCUUUCCUGGUUUUAUUUAUUUAUGCUUAGGAAAUGAAUGUAUUUCCUAGGAAUUAUACUGAUUUCUUACCACUCUUUCAUUUCAUGCAUAUUUGCAGCCAUGUGGGGGGUAGCUGUCUCACCUGUUGCAAGAAAAAUAAGGAAUUUAAUGGCACUUUAGGGACGAACUAGUUUUACUCAGCGUAAGCUUUCAUGGAUGCAAAGAUCAUACUUUUUGAGUUCUCCUUCACUACCCAGCAUGAGGCAGGAGUCACAUGAUUUCUACUGUUCUUUCUGAAGACUCCAGGCCCCCUUGUGUCAUGUUUUUCUUUGCAACCUUUGAAUCAGAACUAGAAAGACUAACACCUCAAAGAAGAAAGAGUACCAAGCAAAAUAAAAUUCUCACGAAUGCAUUAAUUUAUUGUACAGAUAAUUAGAAAAAUAAACCAAUAUCCCACAAUCAGUUAUUGAAUUGUGUAUGACUGAUUCCCAACACAUAUUCUGUGGUCAGGGCAGAGGAGAAAACCAUUUUGUUUGGGAUUUAUCAAAUUUCAAUAUCCACAAUUAUUUUUGGGAUGACUGUCAACUACAGCAAAACUGUUGCCUGCAGUACCAGAUUUGCAAAAUCUUAACAAAUAUGAAUAAACUUCUCCAUACUUCUGUUACGGUUUCUUAUAGUGAUGUAUUAAUUCAAAAUGCCACAGUAACAGCAAAUGAACUGAAUGUGCAAAGACUUUACCUCACCACUGCAAAUUUUAAAACACAUACAUUGGAGACAUACAGAUCUUCAUCCAUCUUGCCAAAAUAGACCUCAAUGGACAGGUGUUUACUGAUGAAGGACUUUGUGUCAUGUCAUGUCACAUUGCUACUGCUGUUAACUGCCACCACCUUUACUUUGAAUUAUAUCAACUCUAAGAAUGAGAAAUGUCUAUGUUUCUCUAUCACCAGCAUCCCUGCUCAGCUCUUGCAGGCGCAAGGGAUCCCUGCUCCCUUGAUUUAGUCUAUUCAUUUGGAAUUCAGUCUUCCUCUUUUUCUCCUGCAUUCUCUCUUACCAAGCAUUGUUGCCUUUUCUAGUGAGUCAUACCUUCUCUGAUGUGUCCCAAGUAUGUCUCUGUUUAGUCAUCUUGGCCUCUAGAGAGAGUUCAGGCUUGAUUUGAUCUAGGGCCCAGUGAGGUGUCCUUUUAGCACUCAACAGUAUCUUUUUGCAGCACCACAUUUCAAAUGAUUUCAUUUUUUCCUGUCAGUAAUCUUCCUUGUCCAAGUUUUGAAACCAUAUGUUGAAAUUGGAAAUGUGGUGAGCCAUCUAAACUUUAGUACUCAAUGAUACAUCUUAAUACUUGAGAAUCUUGUCUAGUUCCUUCAUAAGCUGCUUGUCGAAGUGCAAGGUAUCACAGAAUCAUAGAAUCAUUGAAUUGGAAGAGACCUCAUGGACCAUCCAGUCCAACCCCCUGCCAAGAAGCAGGAAAGAUACAUUCCGAUGUCUUGACUAUACUCUCCAUUAUGAUUAAUGACUGAACCAAGGUAUAGAAAAUCUUGAACUAUUUUAGUUUCUUCAUCGUCUACCUUAUCUUCCUGUAAAUCAUUUCUGGUCGUUAUUUUUAUUUUCUUAAGGUUCAGCUGUAAAUCUGCCUUUGCAUUUUCUUCCUUGACUUGCUUCAGUAAUCAUUCCAAGUCUUCCCUUUCCUGGCACCUUUAGUCCUCUCAUCUGAAGUAUGGCAGUAUUCCAUUUGUUUCACUAUAUCUAGCUUCCCCUGAGUCAUGCUUUUCACAUUUUGUGUUUCUAUAAUAUGUAUUGUUCAGUUACAGACUUUUCUUUCACCAUCAAUUGCCUAAGUUGACAUCAAUUGUCUUAAGUUAAACUAUACUUUACAAUCAAUAUGGUGCUAUCAGAAUUGUUAACUCUUUUCUCACUGUCCUUAACACUGGCAUAGGAAGAAGUAGGUCUAAUAGACUCUGAAGUCAUUGCAAGAUCAGGGCACCAUGUUCCUCAACUCAUGCAUCCGGUUUUGUGAUAAUGAGGCAGUUUGUGAUUUUCUCUGGAUGUCUAGAUCCAUCUGAAAAAAAAAAGUAUUUGGAUCUCUUUAAAACUCUGGUGUGUAAACUGUUGUCCUUGAUGUCUGUGAAGGAAAGCUUAUGCCAAUUAAAACUUGUUCAUCUUUAGAGUUUGCUAGUCUUUAAGGUUCCACAAGCCUCUUGGCUGUUUCUGAUUUAAAACAGAACUGCAAAAUAAUGACUUCACAAAAGAAGUUCUAAAACAAAUGUUAGAGAAAAAUGCACACUUUUCUAUAUGUGUGCACAGAAAGUAAUAGAAGAAUCCCUAGAUACAAUGAUUCUUUCCAAAGUGUCUUGUAUGUUUGUAUGUUUUUUACAUACAGAAAUACACAUACAUGGAUUUACUGUAUCCAAUUUUGAUCUCAUAUUUUGUAUAUUUUUCCUACAUCAAAUUAGAGAUUAGAUCCUUGGGGAUGGAAAAUUGCCAUCCCUCUAUAUAGCUGGGGGUGGUUGGAAUGGUAAAAGAUAGACAUUUUCCAUUUGCUGGAUUUAAAUCACAGAGAAUUUCAUUUCCAGUCUAAACACAACCAUCUGUUCAACAGGUUGUACCUAGGGAUGAGCAUAGUUGCUGGAUUUUGCUCCAGAAAUAAUUCAGAAGAGCCAGAAGUUAAUCUUGAUUACUAGAAGUUCAGUUAUGCUGAGACUCUGUUUUAUUGCCAAAUAUGCAAGAGCCAGAUGCUUCAUUCGCAUUGUAAGUUGUGGCUGGGCCUAUCUGGAGACCUCAUGCACCAACAUGGUUGGAAUUAAAUUAAAUCACUCAUGGGACUCAUGAGAACAAUACCCUGGUAUGUGUGAAUCCAUGUAAAUAGAAUAAAAUGGGCAACUUGUGUUGGGUUUCUUUCCAGUAUAAACUCAGUUAUCUGCAAGACAAAUGUUUUACCUUGGUUGGAUCAAGGCCAGUGUAUGACCUUCUGUAGACAAGUUUCACUAGACACACGUAUGCACACACACACAUAGAACCUCAACAUUCUGUAAAUGUAAAAGAUACAUUUUAAAAAGACACGCUUGGUUUUACAUUACAUUAUAAUAUUGACCACUAUGUACCCUGAUUCAUUGUGUAAUGGUUCUGUACUGCUGUCAUUCAGCAGUGACAUGCAUAUUUUGUAUUCAUAAAGCACUAGUAGACCUUCUAGAUUAGAGCAUAUCUGAAAUAAGCAAACUUCUGCCAGUCAGAGUAGGCAGUAUUGGGCCAGCUGGGAUACUGAUCUUUAAGAUCUCUUCACAUAGGGCUAAAUUCAGCAGCAUAUGCCCAUUUGGCCUUGGUCACCCACUGAGCUAGGCGGCUCCUGUCAGAUGAUGCCGGCGCAGCUCUGUGAGUGAAGGAGGAUGGAGACGGCAUGUGCUGCCGUGGCAACAUGGGAAACUUCCCAUAUUGCCAUUAGACUCAAUGUGGGGAAGCCAUGUUCUCCACAUGCACUCCACACUUCCCCCCAGCUGGAAGCGAGCGAUGUAGGCGAGGGUACCAGAUUUCCCACACUCAACAACAAAGCAGAGUGACACUGGCAGCCAUUUGACAAGGAUGCAUAGUUGAAGUCUGGGCAAAGAUCUCAAGGUGUAUAAGAUCUUUGUAGACUGUAUGACAUGUUCUUGCCCAGUAGAAAAAAAUCAUGCUUUGAUUGUUUGAAGUAUAAUUUCUCCACUGAAAUGGAUCUCACCAUGAUCCUUCCAUGGUUGUUGGCAGCCUAAGUAGACCUAUACAAUAUAAGCAGCUUCCUAUGUUCAUUGACAUUAUCUAAAAUCUCAUCAUCUAAAAGUUCUUGCUUUCUGCCACCCAGAUGAAUUAGACUGUAUUUCAUUUGGCUCUACACGUAUUAUUCUCUACAUAAAUUAUCUUAGCAUAUAUCUCAAAAGAACUAAAUAUCUAGAUAUCUGUGGAAGACUAAAUGUUCAUAUGAAGGUUGUGUCCAUUCUUUACAAAAUGCCAAAAAUACCAUUUCAAGAUACAUUCUGUAGAAACCACAAGUAAUUUAAGGAAAAGCUUUUUUUUUAAAAAAAUUAAAAGUUAUUGCCACUCAUCAUUUUAAAACUGUGUAAGGAAAAGGGAAAAUUGCACUAUAAGCAUUAGGACAGAAACAGUGGUGCUUAAUUGAUGCUUAGAAAUUUGCAAUUUGCUUUUUGUUUUCAGUCAUGAAGUGACUAUGUAUUUAUGUUAAGAAAUAUUGGUUUUUUUAAAGACUGUACCUGCUUUUAUACCAAGUAGUAUCAUAAUGACUAUCAACAGGGCAAAAACAAGCCUUAAAAUUAUGAAAUGUAAAGAAAUGAUUGUUACAUACUAUUUUUAGUGUGACUGAUGGGUUGUCAUUGCUUUGCAAAAGGAGGACCAUGUCAAGUGCAUAUAUAAAUAUUGUACUCUUGUACCCAUGACAUUAUUUUUAUGAAACUCAAUAACUUUUGCAAGCACUUUGGAUAUUCUGCUUUCUUUUUUUUAAAAAAAAAAAUUUGACCAUCAAAAAAAGAUUACAAGAUGUGUUUCUCUGGUCUUCCUUUGUUUACCAUCAUCAUGCAUCAUUGCCUACGUGGUAUCCUAUGGCCAAAACACACUGUACACAUGGGUUUCAAUAAAGUUGGGUUUUUUUAAUUUAAAAAA